ACAGAAAAAACACUCCCCCGACUGUUCGUUUUCCCUUCACUUCCUUACUCUCUCUCCUUCCCUGUCCUUCUCUCGCUCCCCCUCUCACUCGCGUAUUUCUAGAAAACAUGAAGGGAAAAGAAGGGAAGAUUCCGGCGAGGACGAAAGUCAAGUGAAAGUUUUAAGAAGCUUUCGAAGGUCUGGUAGGAAGGGCAACUUUGGAGAGCGGAUGGACGGGAGGAAGGAAAAGAUCAAUUCAGCUGUAUGGCAUGAUAAACGGAUAAACAUAAACACUGCUUGAAAUCAUAAACUCCAAUCAACUGCGCAGCGCCAUUCGCCACUCGUCGCCCCCUGUGCCCUGAAUGUGUGACUUUGAACUGGGUGAUUUUUGCAAGCUUUUUUUCUGUUGCCUCUGUCCUGAACAGAAGAGACAGGGCGUUUGACAAUUCCGAACUCUCCCCGGAAAAAAUCUUAAAAUUAAGGAGUAGGGUGCCGAACAGGGCAAGACGCCGAAAUGGCUGGGGCGAAGCCGGGAGUUCACGCUCUGCAACUCAAACCGGUGUCCGUCCAUGAAACACUGAAACGGGGAAGCAAAUUUAUCAAAUGGGAUGAGGAACCCAGCACCGGCCAGCCCUCGCUCAUCACCCUCAAGGUGGACCCAGAGGGAUUCUUCCUGUACUGGACGGGCGGUGCGACCCUGGAGGUGGAAGUCUUGGAUAUCAGCCAUAUCAGGGACACCAGAACAGGGAAAUAUGCCAAGUUACCAAAGAGCCCCACCGUGCGGGACGUUCUCGGUUUUGGCAAGAACGAGGGCAACGUGGAGGCCAAGCUGGUGACUGUCGUCCAUGGCAACGACCUCGUCAACGUCUCCUUCCUCAACUUCCAGGCCAUGCAGGAGGAUGUGGCCAAGGUUUGGACAGAAGAGUUGUUUAAACUCUCCACCAACAUACUCUCCCAGAACUCCUCGCGAAACACCUUUUUGUUGAAGGCAUACACUAAGUUAAAGUUACAGGUGUCUUCAGAUGGGAAAAUCCCAGUAAAGAACUUCCUGAAGAUGUUCUCAGACAAGAAGCGAGUGGAGAGUGCGCUGGAGCAGUGUGGCCUCAUUGUCAAUAAGUCUCAAGUGGAGGGGAUCAAGCCAGAUGACUUAACGCGGGAAAUGUUCCUGAACUUCCUCAACUUCCUCUGCCUGAGGCCUGAGAUUGAGCGCAUCUUUGUGGAUACAGGUUCAAAAGGGAAGCCUUUCCUGUCUCUGGACCAGAUGCUGGACUUCAUGAACCGUAAGCAGCGCGACUCGCGUCUAAACGAGGUCCUGUAUCCACCUCUCAAACGCGAGCAGGUGCGGCAGAUCAUGGAGAAGUACGAGCCCAACACCAGCCAGCUGGACAGAGAUCAGAUCUCUCUGUUGGGCUUCAGUAGAUACCUGGGGGGAGAGGAGAACUCCGUGGUUCCUCCAGAGAGGCUGGACGUCAUUGACGACAUGACCCAGUCGCUGUCCCACUACUUCAUCAACUCCUCGCACAACACCUACCUCACAGUGGGCCAGCUGACGGGGCUGUCCUCGGUGGAGAUGUACAGGCAGGUGUUGCUGACAGGCUGCCGCUGUGUGGAGCUGGACUGUUGGAAGGGCCGCCUCCCCGACGAGGAGCCCUACAUCACCCACGGCUUCACCAUGACCACCGAGAUCCCAUUUAAGGAAGUGAUUGAGGCAAUUGCAGAGAGUGCGUUCAAGACCUCGCCAUAUCCCCUGAUCCUCUCCUUUGAAAACCACGUGGACUCUGCGAAGCAGCAAGCCAAGAUGGCAGAGUAUUGCCGCACCAUCUUUGGCGAUGCGCUCCUCAUCGACCCGCUGGAGAAAUACCCGCUGGUCCCAGGUCAUCCACUGCCGUCCCCCCAGGAGCUGAUGGGGAAGAUCCUGAUCAAGAACAAGAAGAAGCACCACCACCGCACGACCAACGGGGGCAGCGUCAGGCGCAGGAACACUGACGGAGGGGACAUCUCAGACCAGGCCUCGCCUAUCAAUGACUGUCCUUUGUCUGAUGGAGAGAGCAACCACAUUAUGUCCAAUGGAGAGGAGAAGCUGGCAGAGCGGAUGGUCAAAGACAGCGAACCCCGUAAAUCCAUUGACGUGGAGAGUGAGGAAGAUGAGGAGGAAGAGCCAGUGGCAGAUCCCAAGAAACCAAACUCAGACGAGGGCACGGCCAGCAGUGAGGUCAAUGCCACCGAGGAGAUGUCCACACUGGUCAACUACAUCGAGCCAGUCAAGUUCAAGUCCUUUGAAGUAGCAGGCAAGAGAAAUAAAUACUAUGAGAUGUCCUCUUUCGUGGAGACCAAAGGCAUGGACACACUGAAGAGCUCUCCGGUGGAAUUUGUAGAAUAUAAUAAGAAGCAGCUGAGUCGUAUCUACCCUAAGGGCACGAGGGUGGACUCCAGUAACUACAUGCCCCACCUCUUCUGGAACGUGGGCUGCCAGAUGGUGGCGCUCAACUUCCAGACCCUCGACCUGCCCAUGCAGCUGAACAUGGGUGUGUUUGAGUACAAUGGGGGCUGUGGCUACUUGCUGAAGCCAGAGUUUAUGCGGCGUACAGACAAGCACUUUGACCCCUUCACUGAAAACAUUGUGGAUGGCAUCGUCGCCAACACCGUCAAAAUCACGAUUAUCUCGGGCCAGUUUCUGAACGAGAGGAAGGUGGGUGUGUAUGUGGAGGUGGACAUGUUUGGCCUGCCCUCUGACACCAAGAGGAAGUUCCGCACACGCACCUCCAACAACAACUCAUUGGACCCUGUAUGGACCGAAGAGAGCUUUGUCUUCAAUAAGGUGAUCCUGCCUAAUCUCGCCUCGCUGCGGGUGGCCGUGUUUGAGGAGAACGGGAAGUUCAUUGGGCACCGCAUCCUGCCGGUGCUGGCGCUGCGCCCAGGUUACCACUACAUCAGCCUGAAGAAUGAGCUGAACCAGCCUCUCCUGCUGUCCUCUCUGUUUGUGUACAUUGAGGCUCAGGACUACAUUCCCAAUGAGCACCAAGAGUAUGCUGAAGCCCUGACUAACCCCAUCAAGCACGUCUCUCUGCUGGACCAGAGGGAUCGGCAGCUGGCUGUGCUAAUGGAGGAUGAGCACACCUCAGAGAAACGGGAGCAGGAGCGGUUUGACCUUCGACCUUUAGACCCUAACCCCAUGCCCGUACUCCCACUCCUGCCUGAGCUCCAGGACGUCCAAAUCCCCGGGGCAGUCGUAGGCCAGAAAGAGUCAUCACAGUCCUCAUCGACACUGUGCUAGCAGUAAUUAAGGCCCAGUCUAUAGAUGAAUUGAAACUACAGAAGUCUUAUGUGAAGCUGCUAAGGAAACAGUGCAAGGAGCUCAAGGAGCUGCGCAAGAAACACCUCCGGAAGGUGUGGUCUGUGAGUAAAGAACAGAAGAGUCGGUGUAACAAGGUGACCUCGGACAUUCAGAGACGUCGCAGUCAAGUAGAAAAGAAGCUAAGACUCAGCAUCAAAAAGAAUGAGCCGGAGGAGCCGGU